AUGGCAUUUCAUUAGCGAUAUAGCCUACAGCUGGUGGCUGCAGAUUCGCCACACGGAGUGGAAGGGCUGUGAAAGUGACGAAGGCUUGAUGUAGGGGGGGGGUGUUUAAGAAGGCUCGAGAAGUGUUUUUAUUGUUUUUAAUGAGUGGCACACCAAAGAUUGACGAAACACACAGCCAAAAAUGCUCUGCCACGUUACCCGUCCGGAUUCGGUGGUGAUGGAAGUGGAAGUUGAUGCGAAGGCGAACGGGGAAGACUGUCUGAAUAAGGUAUGCAGAAAGUUAGGCAUAAUUGAAGUGGACUACUUCGGGCUGCAGUUCACAGGCAGCAAAGGAGAGAACCUGUGGCUGAAUCUGAGGAACCGCAUCUGCCAGCAGAUGGAUAAUGUGACGCCCUGUCGACUGAGGCUGCGGGUCAAGUUCUUUGUGGAGCCCCAUCUAAUUCUGCAGGAACAGACGAGACAUGUUUUCUUUAUGCACGUGAAGGAGGACCUCCAUAACGGUCAUCUACGCAUGGGUUCAGAACAAGCAGAGGAGCUGAGCGCACUCCUGGCCCAGGCAGAGUUUGGGGACUACAACCAAAACACAGCCAAGUACUGGUACUCAGAGCUAUGUGGAGACGAAGAGCCCAGCACUGCCACUAUGAACAGCAUCAUAUCCAGACAUAAGGCUCUGGAAAGUUUGAGCCAGGGCUCAGUGGAGUAUCAGGCCCUGCAGCUGGUCUCAUCUCUGGAGCAUUACGGUGUGGAGUGGCACUGGGCUCGUGACGCAAAUGGCCAACGUCUGGCCAUAGGAGUUGGCCCUGAGGGUAUCGCUAUAUGCAAGGAGGACUUCAGCUUAGUCAACAGAGUAAGCUAUCCAAUCAUCCAGAUUGCCACCCAGUCGGGAAAAAGCGUGUACUUGACAGUUACCAAGGACACUAGUGACAGCGUGGUGCUUUUGUUCAAGCUGAUCAGUAACAGGGCAGCCAGUGGUCUGUACCGGGCCAUUACAGAGACCCACGCCUUCUACAGGUGUGACACAGUCACUAAUGCGGUGAUGAUGCAGUACAGCAGAGAUUUCAAGGGCCAUCUCGCGUCACUUUUCCUCAACGAAAACAUCAACCUGGGCAAGAAGUAUGUUUUCGACAUCCGUCGUACCUCCAAGGAAGUGUAUGACCACGCCCGCCGCGCCCUCUACAACUCUGGUGUCGUGGACCUGGUGUCUGGCAGCAGCGAACGCUCCCCUCCUUUACGCACCCCAAACCGAGAAGACUCGCAGGACGAGGGUCUGGACUGCGGCAGCUGCCAGCAGAGCCGAGCCCUGCAAGAGCGACUGCAGAAGCUCAGGGAGGCUCUGUUGUGCGUGCUUUGCUGCGAAGAGGAGAUCAAUGCUGCAUUCUGCCCCUGUGGCCAUAUGGUGUGUUGCCAGACCUGCGCAAAUCAGCUGCAGUUGUGUCCUGUGUGUCGGUCGGAGGUGGAGCAUGUGCAGCACAUCUACCUGCCCACCUGCACCAGCCUGCUGAACCUGACGCUGACUGACAACCACCAACACCGCAGCAGCAUCCCCGCGCCCAUCCGCAGAGAAAUGGCUUCUAACAGCUGCCCUGCCCCGGACUACGACCACAAGAUCUACCACACAUAAAGACAAAGCCACCAAACUUUGAAGCCAAGUCAAGCAGAUUGUUUUCAUAAAGGAGGAGCAUUUCUUGUCAGUCUGUUUCCUGCCUGGACUCCAUGAACUACCUAACAUUUAGAAACUCCUGAGCAAAUUCAGAGAUUGAUAUUCUCAAACAACUCCCUCGACGUGUUGCAUUUAAUUUCCCUUGGACUGUCAGUUUGUCAAGGUGGUGCUUAGUAUUGUUGACAUUGGUUUGCGUGUCAUUUUGUCAAAAUCUUGUUUGUGUUAAACCUCACCUGAAUUUUUUAGAUUGUCCUUUUUUUUUUUUAAUUGCAUCAGUUGACCUGAUACAGAAUAGAAACAUUUUUUGUUUUAAAUUUGUCAGUUUUUCUUAGCUCCUCACCCACAAACCAUAUGACAAAUGUACGUUUAAGAAUAGCUAAACUCAGAACGUAAGGGUUGUCUUUUUUUUUUAUCUUCUCCUUUUUAAUGCUUUCUCCCAUUUUAAAGCAUGUUUUUGACUUGAGAACUAAAUUGUAUGGUGUAAGAGAGCAAAAUGCAUUUUAUUUCUUUUACACGUUUCAUGUUUUUUUUUAAUGCCAACUAAGGGGUAUUUAGAGGCUAAGCAGCACUGUUCUGGGUAUAGCAUUGCAUACUAAUAAGACACAUCAGGCGCUGAGGCCACCAUGGUCCCGUUCUUGUGAUCUUUGGGUUAAAUAGUUCUUGAAGGUUCUUUUUACCCCACCACAACUGUGACCCUGGAUGUGAAAUGCAGUAUCUCGCCUACACUCCCACAACCUCGAAACAGGUCUUAACUGCCCUUUACAAACAGGAAUUUGUCCAGCAGUAACUGAUUCUUCUGAAAACCUUAGCUAUACAUUUCUCCUCUUGGUGUAGAGUUCCUUUUUGAUAUUUUUGAAAGGGUACUAGAGUAGGAGAUCUAUCGGUGCAAUACUUGCUUGCUUUUUGAAAAGCUUUUCAUUUAAGUUUUUAUUUAAUUUUGAAGAUUAUAUUUAAAAAAAAAAC